AUGUCAGGAAAGCAAAAGGUUAAGGAAGCUUUUCCAGAUGGUUUACCGAUGGGAGAACCACCUCAGGAAGUUCCUAAGUGUUACUGUGAAUAUCAACGGGACAAAGUUCACAUGCAAACCUAUUUGUUUCUGGCUGGGGCCGGUACUGGCAAGUCGCGAAACGCGAACGAAUUUCAUAUGUCCGUUUUGAAUUCAUUAUCAGAGCACACAGCAUUAAGAGUUCAUGUAGCCAAUGCUUGGGUUUUUCGUAUCAGUUUCGAAAAUGGUUCAUCUGUUGAGAUAGGAAUUACCGCCAUUGGCACUAGGAUGCUUUGUGCUUUGUCAAUGUCUUGCUCAAAAUUUGGAAUCCAAAAAAUUAGAGAAUUGUACUAUUUUUCUGGUUGUGGAUGGCUUAAACCAAUUAAUGACCAAACAAUCAGAUGGAACAGACAAAAACAGCGAUUUUUACCGAACACCACAAAUAUAGGGGAUCUUGCAAUGAAAAAAGCUUUCUGUCUUCCAUGCAUCACAGCAACUGUUUUACCUCCAUCACUUCCUUUCUGGCUAGUUCACAUCGAAAACACCUUGAGCUACCAAUUGCUAGCCUCAAACCUCCACAAAUUCUAUCAAGGGCAGUAUUUUCUAAAGAAAACAUUCUUGUUAAGAUUCGCAUUAGUGAAAAUUUAA